UCGCAACCGUCCCACAUUGCAACCGGAGCGCGUCCCGCCGCGGCCGUCUUAACGCGUCGACAAGAGGGUUAAUUGACGCCUAGUUCAGGCUCUGCGACACAUGUGGUAUGCUGGAGAACACAUCAGAUCCGUCGACCCGCACGCCCAAGUCACCCAAGAAGCAUCACCAGACUGCAAUACCCCGCCUGUGGGCAUGAGGCGGAGAAGCGCUGCGCAGCAUCAACCGCUGAGCAUGGAGAAUUGGCGCUUUCUGCCGCGCCCUGGGGGUGGGAGCUGGAAAGCGGUGAAUGGGAAAACGGGCCGUCGAUUCUGCCUGCCCUUUUAUCCCAAGGCUGAAGGUCAUUGCCGUGCAGUCUGUGGCUCUCUGAGGGCUCUGAGAGGAUCAAGCUGGGUACGAGAAUAUGGGAAUAGAAGCGGGGGUGGCUGGGAGGACUGGGCGAGGCAAGUUUACACGAGUUCUUCGUCAUUCCGACCUUGGACCGCUGAUCAUGAAGACGUUCCUCCUCCUUUGAUUCGAACGUCGGAACCCAUUUUCGCCGUGUCGGAACGGUUUCUGAAGAGUGCAAAGUCGAGUCUGCGCCACAGGACACCAGCAAUGUGGCGGGGAAGGGAGCUAUACCCAUUUCGAGAGCUUCCCGCAACCCCUCAACCCCAGAUCUCUUUGGAGCUGGUCGGAACGUUGGAAUUCGCAGAUCCGUGUCAAUCGGAAUUGAGACACUUUCCUUCGCCGACGAGGAUUUAUAAAAUGGGUAGACUCAAUCGUUCCGGGAGCCACACAACCGUUCCAGAUUGAUCAGCGAGUCUUGAGAGGCUUUCAUUCAUCAUGUUAUCCACGUCCGCUCGAUGUCUCCGGAAUAGUGGAUCUAAACUUCCGCGAACACAGCUCCGCACUGCGGCCACACAAGCUCAGAAGCGCGCGGGGGACAUAUCAGACGCUUUUGUAUCCCUAUCUGGACAAGACUUCAAGCCUCUAGGACCCGAAUACGCCGCCUUGAAGCAGCGCCUCAUUCGCGGCCAUGAAGACAAAGUACAAGAGUCGUGGAACCGGCUGCUUCGAGACCUGCGCGAAGAGAUCCCUCACAUAGUCGAGUUAGGAUCGAAAGUUAUCCCGGAGAUAGACUUCAGAGACCUGGACAGUGCUUCCGAAGACUUCAAUGCGGCGCUGAAGAGCAGAGGAGUGGCGGUUGUAAGGGGAGUGGUUUCGGAAGAGGAAGCGUUGAAGUGGAAGGAGGACCUUAGGGAAUACAUACGGCGGAACCCCCAGACAAAGG